AUGGGUCUCGCUGCCGCUAAGAACAAGAAAAAGAUCGGCCUUGACCCUAACAACACCAAGUGGUCGCGCAACACUGAGACCUUCGGCCAAAGGAUCCUUAGAGCCCAGGGCUGGAAGCCCGGUGAGUACCUUGGCGCAAAAGAUGCGCCUCACGCCGAGUUCCACACGGCCGCCAACGCGGCUCACAUCAGGGUGGUUUUAAAGGAGGACAACCUCGGUCUCGGUGCGAAACGGAACAAUGGCGACGAGUGCACCGGCCUGGACGCCUUCCAGGACCUACUAGGCCGAUUGAAUGGCAAGAGCCAGGAGACUCUGGAGUCUGAACGGAAGGCCCGUGAGGAAGUGAAGCUCAACCUCUAUGUUAUGAAGAAGUUAGGGCCGAUGCGGUUCGUCAAGGGCGGGUGGUUAGUCGGUGACCAGGUUAAGGCUACUCUUGAGAACGAGAGCGCGCAGGAGAAUUCUGAAGAUUCGAAGGAGAAGAGCCCUUCAUCCGAGUCAGCAGCCGAUGCCUCCAGCAUAGGGAAGACCGAGCAAUCUAACGACGAAGAGGAGAAGGGCCAAAAGAAGGACAAGAAGUCCAAAAAGAGGAAGGCCGAGUCAGAGCCUGAAGAGGAGAGCGAAAGCUCCAGGGAGAAGAAGAAAAAGAAGAAGGGGAAGAGAGAACAGAAGGACAAGAAGAGGAGGUCAGAUUCUGAAGGUGUCGAGUCGGAAUCGAACGGAGUGGAUGGCUCAGAGGAUCGGAAUGGAAGCAGUACGAUUGCUUCCAGUGUGAGCAAAGAUGCCGAAACUGGCAGCUCAUCUGAGUCGAAGAAAGAUAAGAAAAAGGAGAGAAAGAACAAAAAGAAGGACAAAAAAGAAAAGAAAGGGAAGAAGGACAAGUCUGUGUCUGACUCUGGUGCUGAAUCAGGGGAAAGCAUACCCAAAGAGAAGAAAAAGACGAAAGAGAAAAGCGCCGAUGCAGUCAGCUCGUCAGCUCCUACACCGACCGAAAGCAGUGUACCUACGCCCAGCGGGAGCGGUUACUCUACUCCAGUACCAACCGGGCCAAGCCGCUACCUAGCGAGAUCAAAGUUUAUUGCUCAGAAGAAGAUGGCUUUUACGGAUAGCACAGCGCUUAAUCAGAUUUUCAUGAUCAAGUCAUAG